GCACAAUAGAAUUUGAACCUCUGUGCUUGCCAUACCCUGGAAAUGCUUUCCUGCUUCCUCCAAAUGUACUUUUGCACUCAAAGAACUCGGGGCAGUCCAGCCUUGAGAUUACUGACAGCUAGAGCUUGAAGGGACUGUACCCUUCACCUUGAGACACUAUGGCUCAGACCCCAGAAUUGAGCAAACCAACAAAAUGGAAAGGGAUAGCAGAGAUAGCAGGGAUCUCCCUGAUGGCUGACACUGUGGACAACUGGAGCCAGAUUCAGACCUUCAAGGCCAAGCCAGAUGACCUCCUCAUUUGUACUUAUCCUAAAUCAGGGACAACAUGGAUUCAAGAAAUUGUAGACAUGAUUGAGCACAAUGGGGAUGUAGAGAAGUGCCAGCGAGCCCUCAUUCAACACCGGCACCCUUUUAUUGAGUGGGCACGGCCACCCCAGCCAUCAGGUGUGGAUAAAGCCAAUGAGAUGCCAGCUCCAAGGACACUAAAGACCCAUCUUCCCACUCAGCUGCUGCCACCAUCUUUCUGGACAAGUAACUGUAAGUUUAUUUAUGUGGCUCGGAAUGCCAAAGACUGCAUGGUCUCCUACUACCACUUCUAUAGGAUGAGCCAGGUACUCCCAGAUCCAGGCACCUGGGAUGAGUUUUUUGAAAUCUUCAUCAAUGGGAAAGUAAACUGGGGAUCCUGGUUUGACCAUGUGAGAGGAUGGUGGGAAAUUCGAGACAGACAACAGAUUCUCUUCCUCUUCUAUGAAGAUAUGAAGAGGGACCCAAAGCAUGAAAUCCAGAAGGUAAUGCAGUUCAUGGGAAAGAACUUGGAUGAAACAGUGCUGGAUAAAAUCGUCCAGGAGACAUCAUUUGAGAAAAUGAAAGAGAAUCCUAUGACAAAUCGUUCAACGGUUCCCAAAUCUAUCCUGGACCAGUCCAUAUCCCCUUUCAUGAGAAAAGGCACUGUGGGUGAUUGGAAGAACCACUUCACUGUGGCCCAGAAUGAGAGGUUUGAUGAAAUCUAUAAACAGAAGAUGGAAGGAACGUCUAUAAACUUCUGCAUGGAACUGUGAUCAAGGCAUAAAGAUAGAUGUCAAGAACACAGAGGCUGUCUGUAAGCCUCAACCCAGCCAAAAGAAUCUCUGAAAGCAUGCUAUAAAUGUGAGGAUUGUGG